AGAAUGAGGCUGUGGUACUGGGUGGCACUGCCAACCCUCUGCUGGCAGGCCUACAGCACUACAUAGAGGCCAGUCCACCUGUAGUGGGCCUCAUGAGGAGCUAUUAUGGUGACCACGUUUCUACAGAAAGCUCAUCCCUACCCCAAGCCCAGUUGUCUAGCACCCAGCAAAAUGUUCCAUCCCUCACACCUUUGGCUGAAUUGAUGGAUUAUGAACUCCAGGAAGCUUUGAAGGAAUGUGAAGACCAAAUGGCUGUACUUGGCAUGCCCACCCAUGCAGACACCUGGAGUGCAGGUGAUCUGGACAGAUGUCUCUCAGUAUCCCUGACUGAAAGUAAUGAGGAAAAUGAACAAAAGAAGAAGGUUGACUCCAGUUCGUCAUUACAUACACUUGCAGAGUCUUAUGGAGGUUGCCAUGGAAAUUAUGGAUUGCAUGCAAAUGACUCAUCAGCAAGUGAGGAAGGGGUGUUUAGCUUCAGAGAUUAUGUACUGGGAAAAAAAAAAAGUAAUGCAGGUGCAGUCAGAGCUGAGGAUAUUAAGUGUGAUGCUACAGAAAACCAUUGUGAGGAAGCCAGCCAGCAGUCAGAGGCAGAACAGCAAAUAAAGUCAGAGAUAGUGGCAAAAAUAGACACAGAAGAUAACAUACUAGAUCAUCAAAUGAUACAUGGCACAGGUACACAAACAGCAACUGAUGCAGCAAAGGACACAUUCACCCACGACCAUUCAAUACAAGUUAUAUGCCCUGUGAAAUACACCCUGGAAGAAGAGAGCACACAGGAAUUCAAAGACUUGGACAGAAUUGAUGUUAUUGCACACACAACCCUGAAAGAAACUAGAGUAAUUCGAGAGACAAAUCCUAUGCAUGAAGAACAAAUUAGUUCUGCAAAAGAUACACUGAUUUUGCAAAACUCAAAUGUAGACACAAAAAUAGAGACAGAUGGUCAGCUAAUUACUGAUUCACUAACAUCAACACAUACCGAUAAACAUGCUGGUGAAAUGUUGUUGCAAUUAGAACCAAACAUAAGACCACAACCAAACAUACAGACACAGGUGGAGUCAGGGACACAGAGGCAGACAAGUGUGCAGAUAGAAACAAACACAAAAGUAGAAUCAAGCCCACAACAUCAAAGACAGGAUUUAGGGCUCCCAGAACAGCUGAUUCCACAGGAUAAACAGCCUGUCUGCUCUCCACCUCCAGAACCCGAGACACACCAAGCUCAUCUUUCCCUGUCUGGGCCUUCACCUGCCCUGAUACAGCACUCUCCACAGUGGCUUGAGCAACAUGAUGAACAGGAUUGGACAGAUGGACCCUACAAAUCAAUAUCAGAGAAUGAAAUUAUACACCACCACCACUGUUCGAAAAUUGUCAUACAUGAGAAAAAUGUGUCCAGUGCAUCUGCUGUUGUGAUUAAUUUUGGCCAAGCUAAAACCACACAUGAACAUGAACCCAAAGGGAGAUGUGAUUUAGAGACAUGUCCACUGGAUCAAGGGAAUGUACUUUCUUCUGGCAGUGGAGCUGGCACACACACACCAGUGUGGGAGAAUUCACAGGGUGCAGGAGUAAAGGCGGAGGAAGAGAGUGCCUUUGAGCAGGCUUCAGCGGAGUCCACUGCAACCACGUUUCCACAGACAACACCCACAACGGCAGAAACUAUAGAAUGCGAAGGAGAGAAGAGGAGAGGUGAUGAGUACCGAAGUGCCGUUAUAAUAGCAAAAGCAGCAAAAAGACAAUUGGCAGUGAUAACUACGGUCCUGCUUGAAGCAGAUGAGUCUCCCAGCAUUGGAAAAGCAGAGAGUGAAAUUAAUGCAGCAGAGAGGGGAAAAAGCACCUUGAUAAUUUCCCCAGAGAUUACAAGCUCACCUGUUCAGACAGUGGACGAGAAAGAGAAAGCGACCCCAGAGAGCCGUAGCAACAAAAUGCCACAUAACUCGACAGAGAGUGAAGGGAAGGGAGGGGGUCUCCCGAUCACGCUCUUCCUAGCCAGAGACAAGGAAACAGGCUCAGUCGGCACAGAGGACAACAUUCUGGUCACUGCUUCCUCUCCUGGUGUCUUGGGAACAUUUGAUUGGAAGGUGGAUAGUUCCCGAUCACUAGAAAGAGGAAAAGACGACAUUAAGGGGGAGGGGAAAGAAAAAGGCAGAGGAGGAGCACAGAAGGCAGCCCAUGCCGGCAGGGUGUCACUGACAGAGACUAAUACGUGUCCAUCCCACCACAUCACAGCAUCACCAGUGGCAAGACAAGAAGAGAGUGACCUCAUCCUUCCUGCCAGAGCUGACACAGCCCUGUUUCCUUUGGCCAUCAACAGAAUAAGCGAUUGCGACUCCAUCAGCCCACCCCCUCCUCUUUCCCACUUAAAAUCAACAGAAACAGCAGCAGCAGCACAGAGAGAGAAUCAGAGCCCAGGCGCAUUAGGAGAGGAAUUGCAAAGCAGCGAUAGAUCAUCUCCACCAGCGCUCUCUUCGGAAAGUGAAAAUCUCACAGCGCAAUCCAGCAAUCAACAGGUACUGCACUCUUCACAAGCUGGAAUCACAAACAGUGACACAUCCAUCAAGAUAGAGUCACAGCAACAGAAACAAGAAACAAGUGAUACAAGUGAAUACCUAUCACAGUCAUUUAAUCCAGAACUGAACAUGAGGGAUAUCGCUAAAAGUUGUACCAACGUUGAUGGGCUUACAUCAACAAAAGACAUGGGAAACUCAAAUGUAAAAUGCCAGAUGUCUGAAUGUGCAUCUCUUCCCCCUCUGAUGGUGUUUGAGAGUCUACGUCACCCAGUAAAAGAGACCAGCUUCAACUUUGAGGGUUUUCUAUGUAUCAGCAAACCUGCUCAAACAGCAUCAUCCACAGACCAGAGAGACAGUGACAUGCAAGGAACAGACGGGGGAAAUUCUGGUGCAAAAAAGGAAUCUUUUGCCUCUAAGGAAGAAAAUGGGAAUGAAGAAGAAAAAAAGGAACAAGCUGAAAUGGAAUUUAAAGAGCAGAAGGACAGCAAAAAACAGACAAAUUCUUCUCAAGGGCAAGAUGAGAAUACUGUGAAUGUAAAUAUGGCUGGUUUGGAAGACACUGGAAAAGUGCCAGAGGAAACUGCUGACAUGAGCACAAUAAAUCUGGUUACAUUUAAAUCACAGUCAGCUGUAGGUGAGAGUGCCAGUUUUACUACAGCAAAAUCUGUGGGUAAUGACAAUCUGCAUGAGAUUGAAGAAAGCAACAAAGAGAAGCAAGUAAAUAAAGAAUCUUUCAUUGUUUCUCAGAUCUGUCCAGUUGAAACAAAUGAGUCUGCAUCCACUGAGGACAAUAAUGUUAUACUGCAGGUUGUUUCUCCACAAGAGGAUGGAAUUCCCUCUGUGGUUUGUGAGGGGUCUUAUUUAAUGAUGUCUAAAGGGGAUAAACAGAUACAUACAGAAGAGCCACUUUACACAAUAGAAAAACUGGAUGAAGAGACUGAUAAGUCAGUGGGAUGUGUAUUGGCUGAAAGAGGUGAUAUAGAAAAAACAUGCUCAGGUGAUUCAGAAAAUCAAGAGAAUGAGUCAAAGCCAGAAAAAUAUGCAUGUGAAGAUGAAUCACAGGUAAAAAUCUCCAACUCUCCAGCAGUAGCUUCAAACACAAACAACAUGUGUACUAUUAGCACUACAUGUUUAUCUCAAUCAAACACAGAGCAGUCUACUACAACCUCAGACAAGCAACUUGUGCAAAAAGCAGAUAAGUCCACAGGUGAGCCACCUGAUCCGAUUGACACACAACUCAAUAGUGGAGUGAUGACAAAUUACGCAGCGGAUGCUGGGGACACAACAGUCCCUUCUCUUCCCUCUGAAGAGACUUCAGUUCCAGCACAAAGGAAUGCUUCCCUCACCAGUGCACAAAGCACUAACAGUGAUGCCAGGGAUGUGUCUGUCAUUGUACUAAAGGCUCCAGGACCAAUGCUGAGUCACUGUGAGUCCAGUAAUGACUGUGAUAUUGCUGUAGCAGGAACUGGGGAGCAAUGCAGUAUGAAACGUGCAGGUCAUUCUGAAACUGAGAUUGUAAAGACUAUUGGAGGUAAAGAAACUGAUCAACAGACAGAUGCAAAUGAUUCGUCCCACUCUGUUGGUGUCUCCGCACAUGAAACUUCUUCUGGAUCCUUUCUAGAGUGUCCAUUCACAACUGACAGAUCAGAAUUAGAAGGUGGUUCUCUCCUUGUGUCAGAAAAUCCAGAUUUAAAUUGUGAAAAUCCAAAGAGAAAAGAGAGUGAGACAUUCAAGGACACUAGAGAAUUGGAAAUUGUUAUAAAAGGGAAGAGAGAGGGACAUUUAAAUUCUGAACAUGAAAAAGAUUUAAGCAGUGCACCUACAAAGGUUAUAACAGAUGUCAGCAAAACAGGACAAGACAAUGUACAAGACAACCAGUCUAUAUUGCUCUCUGCUCAUAUCUUUGGUGACAAAAACUCCUUUGCCUCUAAAUCUAAAAAUACUGAUCCUAAGCUGCCUGCAACACAACCAUUAAAUCAUCUUUCUGGGCAUGUAAGCGUAACACCAUUAGGCAGAGAGUUACAGUCUUUGUUUGUUAACUAUAUACAAAGUUCUUCAGUAAUGCCAGGCUCCUUUGAAACAACCUGUGCUGAUGAAUCACUUGACUUUUACACCACAUUGACACCACAACAAGCUCCCAGUGAUGUCAUCAAAUGUGAUUCACUCCUGAUGCACUUGAAUGACAACCUUGUCACACAGGGUAGGCCCUUUCAAACUGAGGAACCAGUUCAUUAUGUGUCUGAAGUCAAUGAAGGAACAAACCAAGAGACAUCUGAAGAUUUGGAGCAGGUAAUGGGACAAGAGCAUGGUGAGAAAUGUGUGAAGGAAAUCGUGGAACAAAAAGCAAAAUCAAGUGCCCAAAACAAACCUAAUGCUUCAGAGGAAGAAUGGGAUAAGCAAACAAAUGGGAAGCUGGGAGAAGGAAAGAAACUAGUUGAAAAUACAUGCAAAGACCUGAAAUACAGCAGAGAAUGUGAAAAUAGCUCUCAAGAGCACGAUGAGACUACUGUGAAACAAAAUACUGAAAAAACAGGAGAACAGAACCAGAAGUUAAUGAAUUUAGAUCUCUGCAAGAUAUCCAGAGAAAAAAAAGAACUCCGAGAGGAAAAAGAAUUAGAUGAAUCCAACCCAACAAAAACUUUGGAGUCUACACCUGUAUUUGAUCCUAGUGGAACCUCCAAAGGGUUAAUCGAAGAGACUCUGGGUUGUAAAUGGGCACCUAAAAGAAUUCUUGCUAUGGAUCAGAACCUGUCUGCAGCUGUGAAUACUUUUUCUGAGAGAGACCAUACACAAGAUCCGAGGGACUUGAGGCGAUCAGAUUUGGCAUUUUCACAGCCCCAAGAGCUUCAGUGCCAACAGGAGUUUACAAGUGCCCCAGAAGCAGUAUUAAGGGUAGAUGUAACUAAGGAUAAAAACAGUGAUUUAGAAAAUGCUGAGGCCAAUUAUUCAGAUGCUGAGGCAAGAGAAAAGCAAGAAUCCAUGACUGUGCUUUGUAGUGCAAAGUCUAAAAGCUACUUAAACAGCACAUCAGAGAGUCCCCCACUGCUGGGAGGUAAUAACAGAGGUGUUAUUGUUGACAAUAUAUGUACACAGAAUGAAGAGCAGAGUGUACAAACAAUACAUCAAAGUGGUGAGAAUAGCCAAUUUCCUGUUUCUGGUGAAAGUACUUCAAGAGAAAACAUAACCCAAACAGAGCAGGUGGUAAAAGAGGUGUGUGAGGUGUUAGUCACUGCAUUGGUGACUUCUGAAAAUACAGAAGCCAAACAGGUUAUAGAAGCUUCAGAGAUUAAAGAGCCUGCCAUCUCAGAAUUACAGGACAGUGAGAGUAAACUCUCAGAAUGUACCAAAUCACAGGUCAGUGCGAAUAAGCAGGGGGAUUUGUGGAACGAAAUCUCUGGAACCAAGAAAAACUUAGAUCUUCUUGUAAAUCACUCAAGUUUGUUCUCCGUGUGUCCUAACAUCUCACACCAUGAAUCCGGACGAAAAACAGAGGAGCAAUGUUUCAAAUUGGUUACCAAUGGAGACAUCAGAAACACUAACAUCAGACUAGAUUCAUUGAUGAAUGAUGUUGCACAGAUGUCUAUUCCAGGAACAUCUCAGUAUGGGCAGGAAAAAGAGUCCGCAUCUCAGCUCUCUGAUGGGAAGCUCUCCGCCACCACAACCUCUUCUUUUCCCCCUGUGCUCAAGGAAAAUAUUAAAAAUGAAAUAGAAAGUGUGGAUCAGGCCUCUGGUGAAGAAGUAUUAUGUGUAGGUUUGUGCCGCCCAGUGGAGCCCAUCGGAUCACCUAAUUCCUUUUCCCAAUCUGAGACAGCAGCCUUGAGGAUGGAGCUGCAUUUGUCAGAGCAAUUCCUAGACAGUACCCAAAACACAGAGGAGCAGGAUAGACAGUGUUCUGAACAACUUCUCACGCAGUUACAACAAAUAAGCACUUGUUUGGGCACCAAAAUCACAAUUGGUACCAUGAAAGCAGAAAGCACUGCAUCAAAUGAGAGACAACUGGCAGAAGAAAUAAAAGAAGAGAUAAGUGAACACAUGAAGAAUGAAGAAGAGAAUAAGUCCAUUGAAAAUAAGGAUCACAUAGAAAUGGCCAUUGAGUCUAAGUCUUUGGAGUUUGUUGUUAAAGAGAGAAGAUCCAGUGAUAAUAAAAAUCAGAGCAAGUUGGUGGUACUCUUGGAGGAGCACUCUUUAUCUCUCCCUGAUGAAGCAACAGUCAGUAAGACAGACCAGCCAGCAGAAGAAGUUACUGAUGGGACAUUGACAGAACUGAAACAGGCUGCUGUCAUUACACCAGAGCCAAAAUCCAAAGUAUCUUUUCAGCCCCCUCUUACGAUAAAUCAACAGUCUAGUCAGCAGGCCACUAUGUCUUUUAUCCAACCUCUACGUGAAACCAGCAAAGAAACAGUUAAAAGCUGCAGUGAGCAAAAUAGUGACACAGAAGUUAGUUCUAUUGAAGUUCUUAGAACUGUUCUAAUAAAAAAAGAAAUACAGAAAGAUGACAGGGAAGCCAAAGAGGAAGCCAGCAAGGUUUCAGAAGUUGAAGAUGGAUUGCUGGGUUCAAGUUCAGGAACAGCACUUGUAUCAGAAGUUAAGGAGAGAUCAGACAGCCAAGGCCCAAGUGUAAUCUCUGUUCCUGAGAAGUCAGAUGACAACACCUCUGACGGUUCUGAUUGGCUUAGAACUCUUAAAGAAGCAGCCUCCAUGUCUCAGAUAAUUCCAGAGCACAGAAAUUAUGCAACAUGUGGAUCUGUGGAAAACAGACCACUUGAGACCCUCUGUUUGCCUCAAGCUGAACUAGAAUUCCAAACCCCCACUGAGGAGUUUUUUCCCUUUACAACUGAGGAAGUAUUUGCCCCUGUGACAGAGCAGCCAGAAGAGCCACCAGACUGCAGGUCUCCCCAGACAGAAGGUGCUGAGAAGAGUGUGUCUGUGCCCUCUUCCCCAUCACCCACACCACAGCACACCAUCGCUCCUGCCCUCCCUGCCCACCUGUUCCAGGACACAGUUGAAUUCCCCACCCUGCCCCCUACCCCUCCAGAGAGGGCUCCCCCUGAACCUCAAACCCUUCCUUCAGCUCGUCCUCCUCCUGAUCUUCCUGAUAUUCCCUCUGCUGCUCCUCUACCUCAUCCAAUCCAACAGCUCCAGGACUGUGAACCUCUAGCCAGGAGCUCAGACUCAGACGGAGCAUUCGAAACCCCUGAGUCCACUACCCCUGUGAAGUCUGCUUCCCCGCCAUUGCCUGCAACAGAGCCACCUGGCACCUGCUCAGAGACAUUGUCUUUAGGACAUACAGAAGAAAGAAAAUCUUUGGAACAAGGAGAAGCCUCUUCCACUGUUGACCCCUCGGCCAGUGAAGCUCAGCCUCUUUGUCGCUCUCAAUCUAUUGUCUUUGAUGAGGACAAACCAAUAGCUGCCAGUGGCAUCUACAACCUUGACCACUUAAUUGCUGCUGACCCCUUCGCAGAAUCAAAUUUUGAGUAUGGGCCGCCAAGCCGACAGGAUCGUGCUCCUCUUACCCGUUCUCUAAGCCUACAGUCUAGUGACUUAGAGAGCCCAGGAGACAAAUUCUCAGGAGGUACAUAUGAAAAACCAUUUCACCCACGAACAGAGUCCUUCAGUGCAGGAACCGAGAGUGCACCAGGAACCCUCCGCAGAGCAAAGAAGCCCCGUCCGGCUUCUCAGAAGAAGAAGCCAAUUUCAAGGCAGAACUCAAACCCAGAGCAUUCCUCACCCAAACCUGCUUCUAGCAGCACGCCAAUAGAGAAGAAGACGGGGAAAUCCCAUGCUGAAAGCCCCUUGCAAACUCAAGAGCUGGCCAGUGCCUCACCCAGCCCUAAUGCUAGCCCUGCUGGUACCUUAAGGAGGAACAGGUUAAAAUCUAGAGUGGAGAGUCCUCCACCUUUGGCUGAGGAGAUCACACCUGCUCCUGCCUCAAUAUCAGCUCAGCUCCAAACAGAGGUUGCUGAUCCAGUACCUGAGGCCCCAGUUAUCCCUAACGAGGAAUUUCCUAUUCCUCCCAGUGCCUCCUACAAAUGGAAUCCAGACAACUUUGAGAACAUUGACCCAUUCUGUACAGGAGACAGUAAAGUUGCAAACUCGCCAUUUUUGGGCCAGCAAGCUGACUUUACAUCAGUUUUAGACUCCUAUCAAAGCACCCCUGUUGCUGUAGAGGAGCCCUGUGCCCCAUCCCCUACAGAGCAACCCCUCAGCCUCGAGGAACAGCCAAUCGUCAAGCGUCAACCAGUCAGACUGGAGUUUGACUAUUCAGAAGACAGUGGAGAGGCGCAAAGCAACACUCCUCCACCCAAAAAACUGGGCAAGAAGCCAGGAGCCAAGAUGCCCAUUAGAAAGCCAAAACUAGGAAUUAAGAAGGCCCCUCCACAUCAGACAGAGCAGCUAGACAAUGCACCUAUCCAACCGCUUUCAAAUGACAAUGAUGAUAUCCCUAUCCCCAAGGCGUCAUACAACUUUGACCCAAGCAAGUGGGAUGACCCUAAUUUUAAUCCAUUUUCUACAAACAGCGGGAUCCCCAACUCUCCUCGCUUGUCUGGAGGAACCUAUAGUUUUGACACACACUCCUAUGAUGACGAUCCCUUUAAACCAUCCAAAAAUAUAGGAAACUCGCCUCCAAAUGCUGCUUCUUUUGACCUGUCCACCAAUGACAAUGACAAUGACAAUGAUAACAUUGUUGAGUUGGAGGACCACAACCAGAACAAACCUGCCAAAAUUAAGAAGAAGCCUCUAAAAUCUAGCACUUUUAGAGUGAAGAAGUCACCAAAGAGGUCUCCAAUUACUGAGCAGUCUGCACAAUGUUGUCCUGUGUGUUCUCCACUCUCGCCCUCCACCUCACACCCACAUCAUCACCUGCAGGAACACACAUCUGACACCAGUCCUGACCCUUCACAGGAUCACGCCACUGAUGAGGAGAAACUUGCCUCCUCCACCAGUCAGAAAUGGGCAACUCGACAUGACGUGGAGGUGGAGCUGAACUCUGACCUUCAAGACUAUCCUCAGCCAUCUGACUUUACAGCUUUUGUCAACGAGUGCAGUUUACCCCCACAAACGGAUGUUACAGACUUUGAGAUUGAGUACAUGGAAAAGAUUGGCUCCUCUACACUUCCCCUUUUAAUGAAGAAACCCUCACUAUACCUAAAGCUGGACUCUGUGAAUGACAGUCCAAAGAAGAGCUCUAGCAUGCAUGACUCAGAGCCUAACUCACCCUGCACUGGGAGCUUUGAGGAGAUGGAGGCUCAGAUCUCGCAGGGAAAAUCACCUGUGCUGCCACCACGUGGCACUCGUGAGACCAUCGCCUCAGAGAUAAACAGAAAGAGGGAGAGUCGAGCACAGAGCAAUGAGAGAGAUGGAGCGUCCAUUGUCCAGGGCCCCAUGGACACCUCAGAUCUGCCCCUCUUAGACAGGGUGUCUGAUUCAACUUCCCCUCUCAGCUACCUGGAACCUGAUCUGGCAGAGACCAACCCCACUGCCUUUGCACAAAAACUGCAGGAGGAGCUGGUGCUCGCAGCUCUGAGGAUAGAGGCUCUACAGGUAGCCAAAAACAUCUCUCAGAGCCCCUCUUUGUCCACUGUGUCCCCUCAGCAGAGAGAAAUGGCUUCAUCUGGAGACAGUGGAGUUUCGAAGAGCUCUCUUUAUUCUCGAACAGGAUACAGUGAAGGGGAAAGCCCUCAUCUGCCACAUGACAUGGACACUCUGCUGGGCAUUGCCCGAGAAGAGAUUGUUGUCAAAGAGAAAGAAGUCCUGGAAUGGAAGAUGAAGUACGAGGAGAGCAGACGUGAAGUGGAGGAGAUGAGGAGGAUAGUUAUGGAGUAUGAGAAGACUAUUGCAGAAAUGAUUGAGGGUGAACAGAGGCAGAAAACUUUGUCAGAUCACACUAUCCAGCAGUUGAUUCUGGAGAAGGAUCAAGCUUUGGCUGAUCUCAACUCUGUGGAGAAAUCUCUGGCUGAUUUGUUCCGUCGCUAUGAGAAGAUGAAAGACAUCUUGGAAGGCUUCCGCAAGAAUGAGGAAGUGUUGAAGAAAUGUGCUCAGGAGUACCUGUCUCGUGUCCGUAAGGAGGAGCAGCGCUACCAGGCCCUGAAGAUACACGCCGAGGAGAAACUGGAUAAGGCAAAUUCUGAAAUUGCUCAGGUGAGAGCCAAAGCCAAGCAGGAGCAGGCAGCAUAUCAAGCCAGUCUGAGGAAAGAACAUAUGAAGGUGGACUCACUGGAGCGCACGCUGGAACAGAAGAAUAAAGAGAUCGAGGAACUGACCAAAAUUUGUGAUGAAUUGAUUGCCAAGAUGGGGAAGAGUUAGCCAUCCAGAGACUUAGUUCUGUCCAUACCACAAAGGGCCAAGAAGAUUGUGGCGUUCUGUAUUAUUUUUCCUUCUUUCUGUUGGACAGAACAAUGAACUAACCAAAUUAUCUUUGUGGGUCUCACACUACUGAUGUCUUCUCAAAACUGGACUCCCCAGGAAUGAGAGAACAGAUUCUGGCUGUAAUUACUUCCACUUCAUUUAGAUGUAUUAAUGUACACAAUUUACCUAUAUUUAGGGUCUCGUGAAAGUACUCCCCAUCAGCAGAGAAUUUCUUUGAGAGUCUGUAUAGCUCACAGAGCGAAAGGGAGAGAGUACUUGUUUUUAGUGAGUGUGUGGUUAUGAAUGCCAUUGCCAUGACAACCACUGAUGGACUGUUAAACUGAUUCCUGUGGUACCCUAGUCUUAACUUGAAAACAGAAAUAUAGAGAAUAAUAAAUAUAUAAUAUAAAACAGACUAAGUAAUCAUUCAGUUGUCACAAAAUGGUAUUCAUGAUCAUGAAACAUUGCAUGUUUUAGGCCUUGACGGUUUUGUAAAUAGUGAAAAUGACUUGAAUAUAGUAAAGGAACACAACUGCAGAUUUUGAUACUGUUAGUUUGAUCUGCUAUUUGUUUUAUUGUCUCCUAGUAAAACUGAUGUGUGAUUUUUAUUUUUGGAUUUUAUUUUGAUAUAUAAAUGAGCCCACUUAUCACUGUUAGUGGUACAGAUUUGAGCUAAUUUAAUCUGAAAGGAUUUGUCUCAGUCCUGCUAUGGCUGAUAUUUCCACAGCAGCAAGAUCUGCCAUUUAUACUGGACAUGCUUACAAAGUGCAAUAAAAGAUGGCAAUACA